AUCCCACCUGACUCCAAGGCAGUGACCUCCUGCCUGCCGGGGUGGAGCCCUCCAACGUACACAGCCGUGGACAUCAGUCUCACACAGAGACACUCAUUGAAAGCCCUGCACACACCUGUACCAUUAGUGUGCUGGCUGCUUUCAAACUCUGGACCCAGGAUUGGAGAUUUCAUCCCUCCCAAAUCUCUUAGAAAUCUCCAGGCACAGGUCCCAAAACAGGCUUUACAAAUCAAAGAGGAAACUCAUAAACCAGUUUCCUCUGCAUUAAGAGAACUGCCUGGAGCCCCUCAA